AUGGCGGACGAUAACACAAUAUUACAAAACCUUCAAGCUGAGUUACAGCGUGCCAAAAGUUCUAGUCAAAGUUUAUCAACCCUUGCACGUCAAGGCAACGAUGAGUUGGUGCAAAGGUUUCUCACAGAUAAUGUACAGAUUCAAAGCACUGGUCCUGUAGCAAAUAAAACACAACUUUAUUUUGCAAGUUUUUGGGGUUUAAAAGACAGUGUAAAACAGUUACUGGAAGCUGGGACAAAUCCCAGUUUACAGAAUGAAGGCACACUGUGGACUCCUCUUCAUGCAGCAACUUUCCAAGAGCAUGGACCAGUAAUAAUGAUGUUGCUGGAGCAUGGAGCUCAACCUGAACUUCAGGAUUAUGAGAAUAGAACCCCAGCAGACUUUGCCUCAGUUUCUGAUAAAAUAUGGCCGUUCUUUGCUGCACUUGAUAUUCCAAGAACCCCACGAAAAUUGUUGGUGGAGAAAGGGAUCUUACACCCAGGAUCUGGUGCCCCUUUACCUAAAGAUACAGGGAGUGGACCUGAUAUGCUGGCAGUAUACAAGUCAAACUCGUGUGGAGACAGUCAUGGCAACAGUUAUAUGGCCGCCAUGUCUGGCGAUGUCUUAGCAGAUGACCAGGGACAACGAGACCCCACUGAUCCUAGAACUGGG